AUGUCGGAAUAUCCACCUACAUCUAUUGUCCUUGCGAAAGUUAAAGGUUAUCCAGCAUGGCCAGCAAUGGUAUUAGAUGAAAGUUUAUUACCUGAACAUAUUUCCAAUAAAAAACCCAAAUCGAAAACCAACCACCCAACAACAACAACAAUUGGAACAACACCAAUUUCAUCACCAUCGAAAAAGAAACCUUCAAUAAUUGUUCCAGUAAGAUUUUUCAGUGAUGAUACUUAUAUAUGGAUAAAUAUUAAUGAUUUGAAACCUUUAACUAAACAAAUGAUUCAAGAUUAUUUUUCAACAUCAAGUAAAAAACGAAGAAUCGAUAAUUUAUUACAAACUGCCUAUGAAUUAGCUAAUGAUCCACCAGAAAUGGAAUUAUUUAUUGAAUAUGGAUCUAAAGGGGCACCACCACCAAUGGAAGAAGAAGAAGAAGAAAAAGAAGAAAAGACAACAUCUAAAUCUCCAGUAAAGAAGAAAGUGAAAAAAGUAGUAAAGGAAAAGGCAAAGGCAAAGGCAAAAGCAAAAGCAAAACCAAAACCAAAGGCAAAGUCAAAACAACUACCAAUAGUCAAACCAAAAACAAAAGACAUAAAGGAAUCAAUAAUUGAAAAUGAUCCUGAUUGGGGAUUAGAAGAAUUCAAUCAAUAUAAUAAACAAUUGGGUAAUUAUAUAUUUGAUUCUGAACAAGAACAAAUUAAAAAUUUUACUAAAUUACAAUCAUCAUUAUCAUCAUCAUCAUCAUCAUCAUUAUCAUCAAUUAAUUCAAUUCAUAAUAAUAAAAUUAUUGAUAAAUUUAAAUCAAUUGAAAAUGAUUUAAUCAAUUAUUUAUUAUUAUCAUUAAACACCGAUUCCUCAAAUUCUUUAUCAAUGAAAAAUGAAAUAAUUAUAAAAUUAUUGAAUGAUUUAUCAAUUAAUAUUAUACCAAAAUUACCGAAAAAUAUCAUUAUUAAAAGUAAAUUAUUAAGAGUAUUAAUAUUAUCAAUUAGGAAACCAAAACCAAAACCAAAUGAUGAAUUGAAAAAUAUUAAAUCAAUAAUACAAAAUAUAUUACAUGGAUUAUCAAUUGAUAUUAGAGAAAAUACUGAAGAAGAAAUUAUCAAGAGUAAUAAGGACAAUAAUAAGGAAAGUAGUGUUUCCCAAACACCAGAACCUGAAAGACAACAACAACAGAAAGAGCAAGUUGAAGAUAGUUUAAUGAAAAAUGGUGAUCAAAACAAUCCAAUUGAAAUAGAGUAG